UUGCUUUACACAGUAUGGCCGGCGAUAUUAGCUAGCGAUCGCUCUGCCGUUUUCUCUGUAACGGGGAAAUAAACGAAAACGGGAAACAAGAGACUGUUCUGGAGAAACGCACUACCCAUCAAUACACAGGAACACUCGUUUAAAUAAACUAUAUAUCAAAAAGCGACGUCCAUUAUUUAAGAAAAAAAGUCAGAAUUAAUAUAACUAAAUUCUAUUUUUUAAAUAAAAAAAAAAUUAGAAAACUAAACAAAAAAAAAAAAUCGGCGUUGGAAAACUUUGAAAGUCCAUAUUUUUUUUCCGUUUCUCGUAAUUUUUUUCUGCGUUGUCGUUGUCUCUCCGGCUGCGAGAGCAGAAGAUGGAGAGUGUCGCGCACUUCUUUGAGGGCACCGAGAAGCUGCUGGAAGUCUGGUUCAGCCAGCAGGAUGAGAGCAAAGGAUCCGGGGACCUCCGAGACAUCCCAAGGUUUGAGUGGGACAAACUUUUGGAGAAUGUGCAUUGUUUGAUCAUAAGUGUGACAAAAACUGACAAGCAGGAAGCUUAUGUACUCAGUGAGAGUAGCAUGUUUGUCUCCAAGAGACGUUUCAUUUUGAAGACAUGUGGUACCACCCUCUUACUGCAAGCACUGGUUCCCUUGUUAGAGCUCGCCAGGGAGUACUGUGGGUUUGAUGACAUCCAAAAUUUUUUUUAUUCACGUAAAAAUUUUAUGAAACCAGACCAUCAGGAAUACCCACACAGAAAUUUCCAGGAAGAAGUAGAAUUCUUAAACGAAAUAUUCCCAAAUGGAGCAGCAUAUUGCAUGGGGCGUAUGAAUUCUGAUUGCUGGUACCUGUAUACUCUGGAUGUUCCAGAGGGGUUUUUAAUCAAUCAACCAGAUCAGACACUGGAAAUUUUGAUGAGUGAGCUUAACCCAGAGGUUAUGGACCAGUUCUACAUGAAAGAUGGUGUUACUGCAAAUGAUGUCACUCGUAUGAGUGGAAUUCGUGACCUGAUACCAGGUUCUGUCAUUGAUGCCACAAUGUUCAGUCCUUGUGGUUAUUCAAUGAAUGGCAUGAAAUCGGAUGGAACUUACUGGACCAUUCACAUCACUCCAGAGCCAGAAUUUUCAUAUGUUAGUUUUGAAACUAAUGUAUCACUAACAACGUAUGAUGAUCUGAUUAGUAAAGUUGUUGAUGUUUUCAAGCCAAGGAAAUUUGUGACAACUCUAUUUGUUAAUCAGAGCUCCAAAUGUCGCACAGCAUUCGCUUGUGCACAGAAGAUCGAAGGCUUCAAACGUCUUGACCGCCAGUUUGCCCAAUUCAAUAAUUACAAUUUUGUUUUCACCAGUUUUGCCAAGAAUCAGCUGCAGCAGAGUUGAUUAGAAAAAAUGAGGAAAAAACGAAAAAAGAAAACCAAUAAAGAAGGUGGUGGGUGCUUUCUAGCUAAUACCAGGGGCCACUCAUUCAGUGCCCCCCACCUAGUACCUAAAUAUAACUAUAGUUUGAGUUUGAAUUGUAUCAACUAUUAUGUCAAGGAGUUAGUUAACUUGCAUGAAUGCUCUCUCCUGCGUGUAGGUUUUCUAUGCCACCAUUGCUGUGAAAUUGAAGUGCAUGUAUAUAAAUUAAAUGCAUACUGUAAAAGACUGUACAAAAAUUAUAAAAGUGCACAUUGUUCUACACACAGCAUAUGUUUUCUACAGGUAUCGCCUAAAAUUCUCCACAGACAAGGUUUUCGCCCUCAUUAGUUUCGUUCCUUGGGUCAGUAAAAGAUUCACUUAGAUUUGUGAAUUGACUACCAAGUGUAUGUGCCUCAUUUAACCUUUGUGAGCCAUUUUUUUAAGGGAAAACUAUUUAAUUCACUAUUAAUGCUGGUAAACUGGUCAUGCUCACACUUCCUUAUUUGAACAAUAUUUCUCACUUUGGGGCUUUUAAUGAUACUCAUGGACUUACUGCUUUAAUGCCCAAAGAGGCAAAAAUUUGACCUGAAGGUUUGCUAAGAAAUGGUCUAGGUUAUUUGUGCCCUAAGGAUCAUUCUCUGCACAGUUUGCUACCGUUACUGAUAGUGUACACUAUACUUUCAGUCUAGAUGUAACUUCAUUUUCAUUUUUGAAGUAGAUGCAAUGUUCUUUCAUAUGAUCACUAAAAGAAGCCCAGUGACAUGCUGUAUUUGACGGUUCUGUAAUCUAAUUUGCUCCUUUGUGAAUUGAUGUGGUGAUUCAUUUUACCAUGGUUAGGUAGCAUCAUGUAAUUAGUAUCGAACGUAAUUUGGAAAUCUGGACUGGAACAUUUUUUUUUUAUUUUAUUUUUUACCUUCACCUAUACACAAAUAUCGCAACAUGUUGGUAAAUAUGGUUAAGUUUUUUUUUUUUUAUUUCAGAUGAGUUAACUACAUUUGGAGCCUUGAAAUAAGUUACACCCCCCAUGUUAACUGCAGAAAUGUUCUUUGUGCAUUAAUACAUGAACACUUUGAAGUGUUUGAAAAUGCUUGGCUUGAAACUAAGAUUUGUGGAACAUCCUUGUUGUUUUUAAGCAUAUGUUUGACGGCUUCAUUCAAGAAGUUUUCUGUCAACAUUGGUUUUCUUCUAGGGCAAGUAAAAACAUUUUAGAUUUUUUUUGGUGCUUUUUUUUUUUUGAGGACCAAUAUUUCAAGUGGGUUCCUGUGUCCAUAAAUUACUAUUGUUGAAAUAGUUUGACCCAGGUUUAUCAAAGAUGCAUCAUGAGUUACUUUGAGCAAGUAUAUAAAUGACCUGUUUGAAGGAAGAAAAAUGUAUUACUAGGAUAUCUAGCUCAGUGGGAGAUGGGAAGUCAUGGUGUCUUAAUUUCUCUCUGCAGUGUUAGACUGAUCAAUUAAAAUGUACUGAAAUACAUCUGUACCACAGUCCUAAUGCUUUAAUAAAAUUUUGCUUAAUUCAUGA